AUGGCUUCCAUUGAAAUAAAAUCAUUUCUAAUAUUUCUUUCGUAUCUGGCUGUACCUAGUUGCUUUUCUUAUAAAGUCCGGUACGACAAUUACAAACUAUUUCGUGUCACUCCAAGUAGUCCCCAGGCGGUUGAGGCUUUGCGAGAGUUUGAGCAAGCAGAUUCACCAGAAUAUAAUUUUUGGAGUGCCACGGGACCUGUGGGGAAACCAGUUGAGAUUAUGGUGUCCCCAAACAAGGUAAGUGAACUGCAGCAUAUCGCAGAAAGUAUGGGAAUGCCUUCGAAGGUGAUGGCUGAUAACGUCCAAGAACGAAUCGAUGCAGAGGAAAGGCCGCGAACUCGAAAUGGAUUUGGAUGGACUCGUUAUAAUACCCUCGACGAGAUUAAUAAUUGGCUCAGGAGUCUUCCAAAACUGUAUCCUUCCGCUGUCAGCCUCAUUGAGUUAAAUGGCACUUACGAAGGACGUACAAUUCUGGGUGUAAAAGUGUCAUACGGUACUAGUAAAAGGAAAAAGUCUGUAUUUGUGGAGUCAAACAUUCAUGCUCGUGAGUGGAUAUCGUCUGCAACAACAACUUACAUAUUAAAUCAGUUAUUGACAAGUACUAAUAGUUCUCUGCGCAAAUUAGCAGAAGAUCAUAUCUGGUAUUUUUUUCCUGUGUUUAAUCCUGAUGGCUUCGAGUAUUCACACACAACGGAUCGCAUGUGGCGAAAAACUCGUGUUCCACACAAUAUACUUUGUACUGGUGCCGAUCCUAACAGAAACUGGGACAACUUCUGGAAUGUGAGCGGUGGUUCAAGCGACAGUCCCUGUUCAGAACUGUAUCGUGGACCUAAACCCUUUUCUGAACCUUGCACUAAGACAUUAUCUGAAUUUAUUAAAACUGUUGGAAGUGAACUUGUAGCAUAUAUCAGUUUUCAUUCGUUUUCACAAGUUCUACUGAUACCUUACGGUCACACAUUUGAGCAUUUGGAUAACUAUGAUCGAAUUUAUUACAUUGGGCUGAAAGCGGCUGAUGCAUUAUUUGAGCGUUACGGAACAUUGUACAAGGUGGGCUUGAUUAAUGAUGUUAUGUAUAAAGCCACUGGAGUUAGUGCUGAUUGGGUUAAAGGUGUUUUUAAAACUCCAAUAGUGCUCACAUAUGAACUUCGUGACACGGGAGUGUAUGGUUUUCAACUUCCACCGGAAUUGAUCAUACCAACAUGUGAAGAAACCCUAGACUCCUUUGUGGUUAUUUUUGAAGAAUAUUACAAGACUAUCAAGGCAUAACACUUACAUGGAUUUUAAUUUCUCAGUUCUUUGUAACUUCAUCUUUAAUAUAAUGUCACUAGAAAGAUUCCUUAAAAAAUGAAGAAAAAUGUAUAGGGUAUUUCAAAUGGAACUAAAUUGGGUAGCGAUUGUGGUGUCAUGGACAAUUCUUUUUCCCAAUAUAUACAUACUUAAAUAUUUUUACUGUCAUAAAAUUGUAGAGGGUGUCUCAAACUCGAUAGUAUGCUUACA